UGAUCAUGUAGACACAGCCACAAUUCAUCUGACAAAUAAUAAUAAUCUGCACAACAUGUGACUUGAUUAUACCAUAAUUGAUAAUGGUUAUCAUAGUCGGAUUCGGUAAUCCUCUAUUAGACAUAAUUGUACAAUUAGAUGAUGAUACUAUCUUACAAAAGUACAACAUACGGGAAGACUAUGAAAAGGAAGAAACUGCUAAUGUCAUCCGCUUACUUCUUAAGGAUGUUUCACAUUUAAGCCCAGUAUUUGCACCGGGAGGGUGCGCUCAAAACACUUUACGAAUUUUACAAUGGAUUCUAAAUGAACCAAACUCGACAGUAAUGAUGGGGGCGGUUGGUACUGAUGAACACAGUGCUAUCUUGGAAAAAUUAGUACAGGAGGCGGGAGUUCAUACACAUUAUUGCAGAAAAGAAAACCAUCCGACUGGGUGUAGUGUUGUAUUAAUUAAAGGAGUACAUCGUGCACUAAUAGCCCAUAUUGGUGCAGCACAAUACCUCAAUAUUGAUGACAUACGAUGCAAUGAGAAGUUAGAUGUGCUGAUGAAAGCGAACUUAGUAUACGUGGAAGGAUUUUUUGUGUCACAACGUGUAGCAAUUGUUGAAUACGUAGAGGCAUUUUGUAAUGAUAAAAGUAUUCCUUUCGUUUUUAAUUUGAGUGGUGUUUAUAUGAUUGAAAAUUUCCCCACAGAAAUGUGGGCAUUUGCGCAAAAUGCCGAUGUAUUAUUUGGAAAUAGUAGGGAGUAUAAAACUUUAAUCAAGAAUACUAAUCUAUCAUUGUCGGUAGACCAUUUUGCAAUACAAUUGUGUCAAAAUUAUCAAAAUCGGAAGAAUCUACCAUACGGUAAACUUGUUGUAAUUACAAAUGGAGACGAAUGUGUAAUAUGUGCACAUAGUGGCGGGCACAUUGAGGUACUGCACGUUCCGAAAAUUGACAAAAGUAAAUUUAAAGAUUCAAAUGGAGCCGGUGACGCAUUUGCGGCAGGAUUUUUAGCAGGUUUGUUGUUAAAAAAAGAACCACUAACCAGUAUGAAAUGGGGCUGCUGGUCUGCACAACAAAUAAUACAACAAAGUGGAUGCACAAUACCAAAAUACACUGCACAAUUUAUCACUAGCAUUGAUUAGUAAUUAUGAUUAACAAAUUUAAUUUUGUUUAAUGAGUCAUCAGUGUGAAAAAUUAACACAUAAUAAGAAGGCUAAUAAAAUUGCAAUUUGAUAAUCGGUAUUAUUAUUAGACGUUAACUUACCUCUAAUGAUCAGAAUUUAAAAAAUCUGGAUCAGCCCGUAUAAACAGCAAAACAAAUCAAGAACUUAAUUUAUUUACAAGCAGAGGAAGUCACUGGCAAAUUGCACAAGGAAAAUAAAUAGUCGAUGGGGGAGGGGGAAAAUGUCGGUGACUCAUUCACCGAUGGUUAUGAUUUAUAAAAACAUUGUUGCCGCACUGAAGUAUUAUAAGGUGUAAUUUUUAAGG